AUGGAAAAACAAUUAUUCAUAUCAAUAGUAAUAAACAAUAGAUAUUUAAGUAAAAUUAUAUUUAAAUAUGUUAGUGAAAUAUGUUAUGAGAUCAAUCAUUCAAGAAGACAUAUCGACUGGUAUCUACUCAGAGAAUCACCAAACUUGUUGGCAUUAAACAGAUACUAUGACCUCUUGAAACAGUGGUUUCAAAGAUAUCGAUAUGAAAAGAUAGAUCUAGAAUCAUUGGUUGUUGCAGCAGUGAUUGGUGGAAGUAUUGAAAUAGUUGAUCACCUGAUCGACCGUUUUCAAAUCGAUCGACAAACAGAUAGAUGUACACUCAACACAAUCUUAAUAGCUGCAUCGAAAUACAAUAGAUUAACAAUCAUUCAACAUCUAUGGAAUCAAUAUCAAUUCGAAUGGAAUUACUACAAAUCAAUGGUGUUAGCACCUUAUUCUAAGAAUAUUGAUAUUCUAUCAUUACUUGUCGAUCGUUAUAAUAAACAUGAAUUAUUUCAGCAACAACAACAAAAGUUUGUUGAAAUUGACUAUGAUAAAGAUGGAAAUGUAUUUGAUAAUGCAGCAUAUGUUGGUAACAUUGAAAUGUUGGAAUAUCUUAGAGAGUCAAGAACAAAAGAUUUAGAACACAGUUUCAUCUUUAUUAAAGCUGUUACAUCCGAUCAAUUAGAGUUGCUACGUUACCUUUUGGCUAGUAGUGAUUUCAAUCAUCUCAAAGACGUUCAUUUAGUUAACAAUUUAACUGCUCUCGAUAUUGCUUUACAAAGAAAGCAUCAAGUUGAAAUAGCAAUAUCAUUGUUGGAUGCAGGAUGUAAAACAAGAUAUACAGGUAUCAUGAAUAGAAUCUCCUCAAUAGGAAGUAUCAAAUUAAUGGAGAGUUAUCAUCGUAGGAACUUUACUGAACCUACAUCAGUAUCAUUGGAUCAUCUUAACUAUUAUAAUUACAUAGAAUCGGUUAAAUGGUUACAAUCACAUAGUUAUCCACUGACAGCAACAACUAAUGCCAUGGAUACAGCUUGUAGAUUAGGCAACCUAGAAGUUGUAAAAUAUCUUCAUUAUAAUAGAAGCGAAGGUUGCACAAUGGAAGCAAUCGACAUAUCAAUUGAAAACGAUCAUGUUGAAGUGGUAAAGUUCUUAUAUCAAAACAGGACAGAAGGUUCCAAAAAAAUGAGUUCACAAGAAAUCUCUAAAUGGAUCAACGAGAAUCAAAAGAUUUAG